AAAACAAACAAACUACAAUCAAUAGAACAACCGGGAAAAACGUUCAUUUAACACUUGCUUAUAUAUUAAUACCAACAUUAUAUUCUACGUAUUUAUGUUCAUGUGGAAAAUUACCCUCCAUAGGUAUCGAUAUUUACGAGAAAUCCCUCAACAUCGACGGUGUGUUUCAUUUAGAAAGUCACCAACACUCGGAACGUUUCUGUGUUUACAUCCGCAACCCACAACAACAAAGGCCCCCUCGAAGCGUAAUGCCCCUUCUUCUUCAAGUCUAGAGGGAUGCCUUCGGAGGAUUUCAAUUUGCCUUUGCUUCCAUAUAUGACGGUGUGAAGUGGAUUCUGCGUUAAAGCACGGACGCCUUUCGUACUGCGAGGAGUACCGCGAAUUACAACCUGUGUUACGGCAGCGCUCGGACGUUAAAUCAAUAUGGCACGGAAGAAGAAUCGUAGUACAAGCUCAGAAUCUGCAAGUUCAACCAGUGGGUCAACUACGUCAUCAUCGUCUUCCUCUUCUUCAUCUUCCUCCUCCUCCUCUUCGGAUUCUUCGUCCUCCUCUGACACUGAUCAGUCUUCUGCUGUAUCCACAAGAAGCCGUGCUCGCUCCCGUGCUGCCUCCACUGACCAGGAUUCCCCCCAGAAGCCUUCUCCCCCCACCCAAGCACCCAAAGGGGGAAGGGAACCCCCUCCUGCCAACCCCUCUCAGACCCGACCCCUCACCAGGGGGUCAUCAGAAUCGGAACCUGAAGAGGCUGCUGCACCUAACAAAAGAGGGCCAAAAACUUCUGCAACAUCUGUGCCUAAGAGUAACGCAGCGGCGGCAAAUAACCAACGCAAGAAUGGCCCCAAGGCAGCUGCGCGUCCCCAGAAGUCUGCAACGCAGAAACCACCAGCUAAAGCCCAGCCACAGAAAGUUUCUACUGUUCAGCAGAAGAAAACGGUCAAAAAUAAAAAGAAUUUAGGUAAUUCAAAUGCAGUUUCCGCAGACAAGAUAUCCAAAAAGAAGUCCAUUUUCUCUCCGGACAACACUACCGACUCGGAAAGUGAAGCCAAGAAGACUGUUGGCAAGAAAGUCCCAAAACCACAACCAAAGCCUCAGCCUAAGCAACAGUCCAAGUCAGCGAUGGUUCAGAAAGGGGGUUUGCAACAGGCCAGAAAAGGCUCUACAAAGGUUGUCGAAAAGUCUUCGGAAAAGUCGUCCGAGUCCUCAACUAAUUCAUCAACAGCAUCUUCAGAGAGUGAUAGUGACAGUUCAUCCGAAUCAUCUGCCUCUGCAAAGUCGUCCUCCGAAAAGCCUGUCGUUCAGCAAAUAGUCCGCAGAAAGUCUCAGACGAAGCCCACCCCAGCAUCUUCUGAAACUGAUAAGGAAGAAGAUGAGGAGGAAGAGGAGGAGGAAGAAGACGAGGAUGAUACCCCUAGGAAACACAUUACCAGGUCGUCUAGUGUUCGUACAAAGAGAGGCUCUCUUUUGGGUAUCCAGAAAGGGACUGAAUCGGAUUCUGAAAAUAAUGGGAAGGUACGUAGAGCUGGAAGAAAUGGGGGUCCAAAGAAGCCAGCUGGUCCACCUUCUAAGUCAGGAGCUCGGGCUAAGACAAAGAAACCAAUUCCUCUGGACAUCUUGGAAAAUACCCCGUUGCCACCUAUAGAAAAUCGCAAGUGCCCUGUUGAAGGUUGUGACUCGACUGGUCAUCUUGGAGGGUUAUAUGAGAAGCAUUUUUCAGUGGAAGCAUGUCCGGUUUUCCAUAAUUUAUCGAAAGACGAAUCCAAGAUCAACCGCAAGCUCAGGGAAGACGACAACAUUGAAAGAGAAAAGGCCAGGCUUCUCAUUGGAAAUAAAUCUCCAAGAAAUGGACCUAAUUCUGAACAAAGAAAUUACUGCAAUAAGAUAAGAGACUCAAGGGACAAGUUGAGUGAACCUCGGCCUGGGGAAGAUGAGAUGGCUGACAGAGAUCGCCAGCCAUCUCUUCGAGGCUACACCCCAGAGUGGGAUCUUCAGUUGUUCAUUGAAGCUCAGUCAGCUGCUAGUGAAAAAAUUGAAGACGACCUGCGAGGACUACCCGAUACCAAAGGAAUCCGUUACAUUGAAAUGGGCCGUUAUGAAAUGGAAGCCUGGUAUCAGUCUCAGUAUCCUGAUGAUUAUAAUCAGCAACCAAAAAUUUAUAUAUGCGAAUUUUGUUUGAAGUACAUGAGAUCAAAAACGAUACUACAGAGACAUGCAGCAAAGUGUGUAUGGAAGCAUCCUCCUGGAGAUGAAAUAUAUAGGUAAAGUAUGAAUGGAUGC